GGCCUGGGUGUAGAGGGAGUGGAUAUUCUGGGACACUACAUCUUGUACUCAGCUGGGAUACAUGUUUCUUUGGUGUUUUUCAAACGGAAAUCCAAGAGAGAAAUUUUGCAUCGAGUCUUUUGAUGAUGAAACAGGAUCGUCACAUGGCUGAACGGAGAUGAUGCUCUUCUGGAUCUCCAGGUCUCAAAGCGUUUGUUAAGAAUGGUCUUUGCGUGUCGCCGAUCUUCUUUCUUGGAUUUGGUUUCCCCUCCGUCUCAGCACAGCCGGAGCUGAUAGAGCUGGACCUAGUAGGCCCUUUGGCAUCGACGUCCCCUGAGGAUCAUCUUCAAGGGAUCUUCUUUAAAGUUGUACUGUGCAUGGGAAGGAUCUGCUUUCUUCCUACCUCACUCGACGUGCAUGGCCUAAACGAAUGAAUAUUUUUAUGAGGCGCCUUGAACCAGAGAUGGGCCAGGACCAAACCAAGCAGCAGAUAGAGAAGGGCCUGAAGUUGUAUCAGUCCAAUCAGACUGACAAAGCCCUGCAUGUGUGGACGAAAGUGUUGGAAAAGACCUCAGAUCCUGGAGGGAAGUUUCGAGUGUUGGGGUGCCUGAUCACAGCUCACUCAGAAAUGGGAAAAUACAAAGACAUGCUCAAGUAUGCCCUCGAUCAGAUUGACACAGCCAGAGAAAUGGAGGACCCGGACUACCUGACUGAAGGCUACCUGAACUUGGCRCGCAGCAACGAGAAGCUGUGCGACUUCCAGAAAACUGUCUCCUACUGUAAGACUUGCCUAAACAUGCAGGGCACCACCGUGAGCCUGCAGCUCAACGGCCAGGUGUGUCUGAGCAUGGGCAACGCCUACUUGGGUCUCAGCGUCUUCCAGAAAGCGCUGGAGAGCUACGAGAAGGCCCUACGCUACGCGCACAACAACGACGACAAGAUGCUGGAGUGCAGAGUCUGCUGCAGUCUAGGAAACAUCUAUGUUCAGCUGAAGGACUAUGAGAAAGCCCUGUUCUUCCCCUGCAAGGCCGCCGAGCUCGUCAAUGAUUACGGCCAAAGUUGGAGCCUGAAGUAUCGAGCCAUGAGUCAGUACCACAUGUCUGUGGCCUACAGGAAACUGGAGCGCCUCCCCGAUGCCAUGGAGUGCUGCGAGGAAUCUAUGAAGAUUGCUCUGCAGCAUGGUGACCGACCUCUGCAAGCUUUGUGUUUACUAAACUUUGCAGAUAUUCACCGCUACAGGCAUGACGUUGAUAAAGCGUUCCCUCGUUACGAGUCUUCACUGGGGAUAAUGACAGAGAUUGGGAACCGUCUUGGACAAGCACACGUCUACCUGGGAGUUGCGAAGUGUUGGCUUCUGCAGAAAGAAUUUGACAAGGCACUGGAGUCCUUGCAACGAGCACAGGAACUUGCAGAUGGGAUGGGAACCAAGUUGUUCACUCUGAAGGUUCACUGUCUGCGUGAAGGCAUCUACCGAAACCUGAAGCAGCAGAAUGAGCUCAGAGAGGAGGUGGUGAAGUUCCUGCAGUGUGUCGAGGAGCUGGAGCUUUACUGCGGCAUGUGUGGAGAGUCCAUCGGGGACAGGAACCAGAAGCUGCAGGCAUUACCCUGCUCCCACAUUUUCCAUCUCAAGUGUCUGCAGACAAACGGCACAAAGGGCUGUCCGAAAUGUUUCAAGUCCUCCAUAAAGCCYGGGUUUGUGUGAUUUGCAAUGCAGGGACAGUGUGUUGGAUCUGCAGACGCAGCACAAUGCCUCACAGGCUCCUGACCUGCUGUGAGCAAAGCAGGCAGCCUCGAGAUGUGCUGGAAUUCUGAAAAGAGCAACAUUUUACCGCUCUGCUCGACAGGAUGCUGAACAGAGCGGCCUGGACURGGGGCUCGCAAACUCUGAUCGCAACAUCCCACAGGAGGAUGAUGCUCAACUAAGAGUAUAAAGUCAGAUAAGCUGACGAAUCGUCAUUGUUUCUGAGGACUGGAAAUCUGUUGCAACAUUUACAGGAGAACUGGACUGUCAACAUUUCUGGCUUAGUGUACUCAUUAUAUCAGAAUUGUUUAGUAAAGUUGUAUUUAAUUUGUCUUUGGUAAAAUAAUUUGUGAUCUUAGUCUUGUACCUUGCUAUUUUCAAAGUCAAAUCUCUUUUUUUUCUUUUUUAAGAAAUCAUCUGAUUCUUUUUUCACAACCGUUGAGCCAUUUCUGAGAUGUAAUAAUUUCAUACAAAUGUAACCAUGUACAUAUGUUUCUCAUAUUCGUUUCUUUAGGUUGAUUUGUUUGAAAUCUUUUAUAAAACUCAACUCUUAACCAUUAAAACUAGUAUGUCUUCACAAAACAGGUUCAUGCAGCUUUUUCUUUUUUUUUUUCUUUAUUGCUAGGGAUGAGGGAGCAGGAACAAGACACAUUGGACUUUUGACCAAUCACACAGAUAACAUGACUUUUUAAAGGAGAAGCACAGAUUCUGUAUGUUUUCUUGUAAAUUAUUUGUUUUCUAUCACAGGUUGCAUUUUGUCUGCAUCGAGGGUCAUGACACAAAUCUGGGCUUUUAUCUCAGUGAGUGGCUGCAUGUUUUAUUUAGGAUGCCAAGCAACAAUGUAAAAAAUAUAUACAUCAAUUUGUUUUUCUUUCACCUUUAUUAUAGCUUUUCUUAGUAGAGUUUUACAGUUAUUCCAUUUUAAUGAUUCGCAUUGAACUAAAUUCUCCUUUUGACCAGAAAGCCAGAUCAWCUAAAAUAAUCCUUGUUCAGACAUUGUGGUUUAUUAUCUCAUGAACAUGUUAGUUUUGGUGGCUGUGCUUGGAGUUGGCAUACGAUGAUGCGUUCAGUUGCACAGUAAAAGUCAGUUAUUUGGAGCUGCAUCAAGAAAAUGUAACUAAUGCUGUUGAACUUUUUUUUAAUCCUCAAAAAGUGAUAUGUUUCCUUUUAAAUAGACUUUAUGUUUCUCUCCUCGUAGUAAAUCAAAGUACAGGUUUUGUUGCACAACCACUUGUGCUGUUCAUUUUUGGGAAACUUGGCCUCAUAUUUGGACCCCAGCCAGUUCAUGUUUAAGGUUUAUGCAACGACGUGAUGACGAGCCAUCGUGUGUUACAUGAACAGAUGCGUCACGUUAUCCAAGUUCAUUCAGGAAAUAAAGAAGCAUGAUUUACUGACAGUAUAUUUAAUAUAUUUUGAAACUACCUCUGUUUUUUCCUCCAAACUUUGAGGAUAAAUGCUUUAUUACCAUAAUGUUUAAACCCAGAUUUAUGUUUUUCUAGGCAUAUUUAAAUUUGUUGUUGAAACGUGUACACAGUCAAACCAUUAUUGUGUCUUUCAUUUUGAAGAAUAAAGGACACUUAAAUUAAA